AUGCCUUAUGAUUAUAUUGAUUCUUUCGAUCGUUUUAUUGAAACAUGUCUGCCGCCUAUCGAGUCUUUUUAUAAUAAACUUGAGGAUAAACCUUGUCCUCGCCGCCAUUAUCAUCGCGCCCUCCAAGUCUGGUCCUCAUUCUCUUGUUCUUCUCUCGGAGAUUACGUCGAUCUCUACAUGAAAACAGAUAUUCUUCUUCUUGCCGAUGUUUUUGAGCGGUUCCGCUCCAGUUGUCUCGAAACAUAUAAUCUUGACCCCGCUCAUUACUUUACUCUACCUGGAUUCACGUGGGAUGCAAUGCUUAAGUAUACAAAACAGGAACUUGAACUUUUAACUGAUCCAGAUAUGCAUUUGUUUGUGGAGCGUGGCAUUCGUGGCGGUUUGAGUCAAGUUUGCUCGAAACGUCGUGUUCAUGCUAAUAACAAGUAUAUGGUAUCUUACGACCCAUCUAAGCCCGACUCUUAUCUGAUGUAUUUCGAUGUCAAUAAUCAAUAUGGGUGGGCAAUGUCGCAAUAUCUUCCAUUUGGAGGUUUUGAGUGGACUGAUACUGACAUCGACGUUCUUAGUAUUCCGGACGAUUCUUCUGAAGGGUGCAUUCUCGAGGUCGACCUGGAGUACCCUCAACAUCUCCAUGAUCGUCAUAAAGACAUCCCAUUUUGUCCCCAAUCCUUGAACCCGAAAACUAUGAAACCUCCUAAACGUCCGCGAGAGCUGACCAAAUUAAUGGCUACCCUUCAUGAUAAAGAAAGAUAUGUAAUUCAUUACAGGGCCUUGAAGCAAGCGCUAGCUCAUGGAUUAAUACUAAAAAAGAUUCAUCGAGUCCUGAAAUUUAAGCAGUCUCCUUGGUUAAAGUCAUACAUCGACUUGAAUACAAAUCUCCGGAAGGCAGCAAAAAAUGAGUUUGAAAAGAAUCUCUUUAAGCUUAUGAACAAUGCAGUGUUCGGUAAGACUUUAGAGUGUGUGCGCAGGCGCGUUGAUAUUAAAUUGCUGACAGAGUGGGAGGGUCGUUAUGGAGCUGAAGCUAGAAUAAGUAGCCCCCUGUUUAAAAACGCCACUAUCUUUAAUGAAAAUUUGAUUGCUGUUGAGAUGCAUAGAGCGGAAAUAUGGUUAGUUAAACCGAUUUUUGUUGGAAUGAGUAUUUUAGAUUUGGCGAAAACAACCAUAUAUGAUUUCCAAUAUGGCUACUUAGCUAGCAGGUUCGGAGAAAACUUUUCGACCUGCUAUACCGAUACCGAUAGUGUGAUCGUGGAGAUACGGGAAAAAGACCCGUAUGAAGCAACGAUACAUGAUUGCUAUAAAUAUUUUGAUACCUCAGACUAUCCUAAAGAUAACAUUUACAACGUCCCUCUGGUUAAUAAGAAGGUAUUGGGCAUAAUGAAAGAUGAGAAUAAUGGCUGCAUUAUGACCGAUUACAUAGGACUCCGAUCGAAAUUAUACACGACAAAAGCAGCUACCACAGAUAAUGACAUUGAAAAGCUGAGGGGGAAGUUGAAAGAACAAGAGUAUGAGGAUGAUGAAAUUGAUAAUAUUAUACGAAAUUAUGGUGUUACAAAGAAGGCGAAGGGGGUAAAGAAAUCUGUAGUAAAUACUAAAAUUACUUUUGAGGACUACUUAGAAUGUUUAGAUACCUUCACAACAAAGACUGCCACGCAAAAUCUUAUACGCUCUGAUAAACACCAAGUUUAUUCUAUAACUCAAAGCAAGAUUGCGCUCAGCUCCAAUGAUGAUAAAAGACAUCACAUUCAGGGAUCUUAUGAUACGCUUCCCUUUGGGCACUAUUUAAUUGAUACUCUUGAGAUGGAUGUUGAUUAG